AUGUCAGAUCCAACCCAAUCAUCAACUCCUCUGUCAUCUAUUAAUCUCAAUAUCAAUAAAUAUCCCCGAAUAAUCAUUCAAUAUUGCCAUCAAUGUAAAUGGCAAAAUCGAGCAAUUUGGUAUUUACAAGAAUUCUUACAAACUUUUGCAUCAUCUAGCACUCUGGAAAUUAAAAUUUAUGAUAUUAGUAUUCAACCAAUUUUUGAUUUCCCAGGAGUCUUUCAAAUCAUAUUACAAAAGGAAUCCACAAAUAAUAAAAUGGAGACGAAAAUCAUUUAUAGAAGAAAAUUUAAAAAUGAAGAGAAAUAUCAUAAUGAAAAUCAAGGAGAUUUCGUGUUUGAUGGAUUCCCUGAUAGUAAAUUUUUAAAGAAAUUGAUUAAAAUGGAAUUGGGGCCCGAAUUAUCAAUUGGUCAUCAUUUAGAAAAAUAUAGCGAUGAUAAUAAGUUAUACGAUGGUAACAAUAACGAUAAGAAUGAUGAUUGUAAAGAUUGUAAACUAGAAUCGUAA